AUAAAAAUUAUAGUUUAUCAAUAAUUUAUCUUUAAUUAAAUUGAAGGAGUAAUUCUUGCAAUUCAAAAAGAAAAAUAAGUUUUCAAAAGAGUUAAAAUAAUGAGCUACUAGAAAGACUAUAAUACUACAGGUUUUAAUAUGGAUGAUGAAUUUGGCUCUCAUAUUGAUGAAAACGGUUUUAUUUCAUUCACUAAAUAAAAACCUAAAAAACUAUCAAAGGAAGAUUAGAUAUAUGGAAUUUGGAAUUAAGAAGUUGAAGAAAGUGUAUUUAAAGGAUCAAAGCAAUUAGCAAAAACCACAUUAGCUAUGAAUUUCAGGAAGAGUGGGUUGUACGAACAUAAUUCAGAAACAGGUAUUAAAGUAAAAUAUGCUAAUCAGUAACAGUCAUCAACUGUAUAGAAAGAAGAUCAGUAAUCUAAGAAAUCGAACGAUAUAAAAUAAAAUACUGAUAAUUAAAAAAAGGUAUCUAAAUAGAAAAAGUCUGUGAAAUUUGAUGAAUUGUAAUAGUAGUAGAGAUUUGAGGAUGGCUUCGAUCCUCUUUUGUAUGAUGUUGAAAUAUAAGAAGAGGAUGAAGAGGAAGAAGAGAAGAGCGAUAAUGAAGAAGACAAAUUUAGUCAUUAAAAUCUGUACCACUAAAAAAACAAGCAAAAUUACAAGCAAAUGUUUUAGAGAGGAGGAAGAAUUUCAAAGAAUGAUGAAGACGAUGAAAAUGACUUUAGAGAAAGGGAAGAAUAUGAGGAAGAAGAUGAAGAUAAUGACGAUGAUGAUGUUGAAGGCUUUUAAAGAAAAAACAAGAAUAAGCUUUUCUUUAAAUCUACUUCAUCAAAAAAAUAAGAAAAGAAUAAACUGAAAUCUAUUUUAAAAUAGAAGAAUAGUAACUAGUAACAAGGAAAUGAUUUUGAUAAUGAUUUGCAAGAUUUAGACGAAUUAGGUGAUGGUAGUGGUGAAGAAAAUAAUGAUUAAGAGAUUGAUGAUGAGGAUGCUUAUGAAGAUCAAGAUGAAAAAUUCUAAUUUAAAAAAGCUUCUAAAUCAUCUUAGAUUCAUCUAACAAAAGAAUAAAUGAGAAAGAAGAAAAUAUUUAAUUUUAAAAGGAAUAAAGAAGAUGAUGAAGAUGCUAUUUUUGAAGAAUAAACUUAGCAAUUCAACUUACCUCUGAGAUUUGGGUAGCAAAGAAAAUAAUUCAAAAAGAAAACUGAUUAAGAAAUAGAAGAGGAGUCUAAGGCUAUAGUAAAUUUGGAAACAUAAUAGGAAAUGAUUGAAGCUAAAAUGCACAAAGAAAAUUAUGGAAAAGGUUUUGAUAUGCUUUAAAAAAUGGGUUUUAAACUUGGAAAAGGUAUUGGUAAAGAAGAGCAAGGUCGUGCAAAACCUGUUGAAGCUUAAUUCAAACAGAGUUUUACAAUGUAAGACAAUUACAAGCAAAUGGAAGCUGAGAAUAAGAAGCUGCUUAAAGAAUAUGGUAUUGAUGUAGAAGCAGAAAUAGACGAGUUCGAAACAGCUUAUAGUGAAUUUAAAAAGAAUCAGUCAGAAUUUGGAGAUUACGAUGAUGAGAAUACUAUUGAGUUUGAAAAAACUUAUGUUAAAAGAAAUGACGAGAAUAAGCGUUUCCCCAACCGCUUUUUCGCUCACUUAAAUAAAAAGAGCAAGCAAGCAAAGCAAGGUAGUAUGACAGAUAUCGGGGAUUCAAAUAUUAAAAGUGAUAAUUCAUUACCAGGUUCUUCUAAUUUUUCUGGUGUAUAAAGUAUGAAAAUUAUAGAUAUGAGAGGCGAUAGCUCUGUGACUUAUGAUGGCGCAAAAGGAGAUGCUUAUACUAAUUUCUUUGCUGCUAGUAAAAUUUUAGAUAGCAAAUCCUUAGCUAAGCAAGAAAAUCCAAUAUUUUCAGAAAUGCUCUAUAACUUAAAGAAUAAAUUAGAUAAAUCUAAAGGAAAGAAAAUGAAUUUAUCCUCAAAAAUUAAAACAGAAUCCGAUCGUAUAGUUACAGUUUAAUACGAAGAAUAGUAGUUAACAGAGAAGCAAAAUAGCCAUAAAAAAGUUAUGAAUCAAACAGUAACUCUUUUGAAUAAUCUUUAAUAAAUGAGAUAAGAUGAAAAUAAUCUGAACGGUGAUGAUGUUUAUAAGCACUUCAAAGAAAUGUUUGAAAACUGUGGAGAACAAUUUAUUCAUUACAAUUUAGAAUAACUUUUAGUCAAAUAGAUCACUCAAAGUUUAAAAAUAUAAUUUUAGAACUCAAUUUAUAAACAAAAUCUUAAAUCUUAGUCAAAUAAUAUCGAAACUGAAGUAGAAGAAGAAGAAUAAGAAAUUAGUUUAUAGAAAACAACAGAAGACUUUGGCUACGACAUUGAGGGAUCAAGCAUAAAAAACAAGUCUAUUCUUUAACAAUCUUAAGACUUUUAAAUUAUGUAGUUUGAUUAAACUGAAAUAAAAAAAUCUGUUUAGCUCAUUUAAUAAGUUGAAAAGCUUUUAACUAAAAUAUUCUUAUUUAAGCAAAACUCAAAUUUACACAGAUACGAAAGUGAGUUAUCAGGAAAUAUUUAUUUGUAGAGAGACACAAAUUUGAAUGAAAAAAAUGAGAGAAUCAUAUAGAGAUAUAUUUAAUUUAUAAUUAACCACUCAUUUAUGCCUCAUUUAAAGAAUUUCAUGAUAAAAUAAUUUAAUCCUACUAACUUAAGAAGUAAUAAUUAAAUCAUAGAUUGCCUUGAGGAGUACUAAAAAGUUCUCCCCAAAGCAGUUAUUUCUGAUCUAGUAUAAAGUUUCAUCUUGCCUAAAUUAAAUGAUGCUGUUAAAAAGUGGCAUCCUUCUACAAAGGCAGAAGGCAAGAACACUUAAGCGGAUGUAGAUUUAUGGCUCAUCCCCUGGAUUACAAUUAUUUCUCCUAUUGAUCUUCUGAAAGACACCUUUAAACUAGUGCUAGCUAAAUACUCUUAGGUUUUAUCCAAAUGGGAAAUUUAAGAUAAAAGCAUGUUUGAAAAGUUAAAACCCUGGAAACAGAUUAUAUCUGAAUCUUAAUGGAACGAUUUAAUGCUUAAGCAGAUAAUUCCUAAAUUAUAAUUUUAUUUAGACUAACUUGAGAUAAAUCCAAGUGAAUAAAAGGAUUUAGAUGUAAUUGAGAAUAUAGUAUUAUGGUGCGAUCUAAUUUAACCUAAAGAUGUUACUAGCAUAAUGGAAGACACUUUAUUAGUCAAAUUGGCUGAAGUUCUAAUGGAGUGGUUAUCUAGUGAGGGAGCAGAAAAGUAAGAAAUAAAAUCUUGGCUUUAAAGCUGGGAGUCACUUCUUGGAGAUAAAAUUAUGGAAAUAGAAAUCUUUUAGGAUACAUUCAACUAGUUCUUUUUAAAAUUAGAUGAAUUAAAUUGA